AUGUCCACCAACACUCAGCAGCAGCUCAACACCUCCAAUGCCAGCUCCGCUGUGCAGGCCUCGCUCGAGAUCCGGGCGGCCAGUGGCCUGCUGGGCCUCUGCUGGGCUCUGGGGGUACCUGGGAACCUGGUGGUUCUGGCCGUCCUCCAGCCCCGCCUGGCAGGGGGGAGAUUCACGCUCUGGCUGAUGCUGAACCUGGCUGUGUCGGACCUGCUGACGCUCCUCACCCUGCCCGUGUGGAUCCACACGCUGCUUCACGGCUGGAGUCUGGGCGCCGUGCCCUGCAAGCUCCUCUCGUGCCUGGAGUACUGGAGCCUCUACACCAGCAUGCUGUGCGUGACUCUGCUUAGCGUGCAGCGCUACCUCCAGGUGCUCCACCCGCAGCGCUGGGCCGAGCUCAAGUCCACGGGGCGCCGGAUUCUACUGGGGCUCGUGUGGGCCCUCGGAGGCGUGAUGUCCUCUCACGCGCUGGUCCAGAGAGAAGUGAGAGCGGGCAUGGACGGCUUGCUCCACUGCCUGCCACGCUACAGGUGGGCUGGGGAGCAGGUGGCCACACUGCUGAUGGAGAGCCUGCUGCUGUUUGUGCUGCCGUUCUCCAUCAUGGCCUCGCUGUACUGUACAUCGCCCUGCACCGAAGGGUGA